UUUUGCGAAGAAUAAAAGGUGUCAUGUAGAAAAUCUUCAGUGAACCUACCCUGGAGCGAAAGUCCAUAAGAAAUUACUGUAAAGCUUGAGCCUUUGGUUGCGAGGUGGCACCACAGUUUCAAAAACAUGUCUGACGAAGAACAUAGAUAUUCUCUGGGAGUAACCAGCAGGAUAUAUUGCACGUUACAGUCCCAUGUAUACGCGAGUGCAGAAAUGUAGUGAAUCUACAGGAAUUCCUGCGAGAUAAUAAAGUCAUAUAUAUUUUAAAGUGCAAUAUUAUAAAAAUUUCAAUCGCUUAUAUGCAAUGUUAUGAUAGGAUAGAAAAUUGUUCAACCCUUGCGAUUGUUUGUUCGUCUUUUUUUCCGUGUUUAAUCCUUCCGUUCUUGCAAAAGACGCGUUUGAAUAAAGUGUCGCGUGUCCUACAAACAAUGCAUAUUGUUUCUCAAAAAUUAUAAAAAUAAAAUAAGUUCGUCGCCGCAACGCAAUCGCAAUAAUGCUCAAUGAAAUUGACAUCGAUUAGUUACGUUGGUGUUGUAGAGUGUGGAAAUCACACAUGGAUUUUAGUGUCUUGAAGUACUUAAAAUCCUUGGCGCGAGUUCGUUUGAUCACAAUAAAGAAUUUACGAUUUUCUAUUAUUCGUAAAAAUGCACCAUAAUAGGCGAAAGAAGAAAAGAGUGAAUUAUGGAGUACGCGCUGUGGAAUUGGUGCGAGGUGCUAAAGGUUUUGGCUUUACAAUUUCUGGCCAACAACCCUGUAUCCUGAGUUGUAUAGUACAAGGAAGUCCUGCGGAAAGCGCUGGCCUGAGAGCCGGUGAUUAUUUAGUGGCGGUCAAUGGUCACAAUGUAGGGAAAGCACCGCAUGAUGAUGUAGUUAGGCUGAUAGGCCAUUCUAAGGGUAUUUUGAGACUACAAAUAGCUGAGAACUAUUAUUCAGAUUCCUCAGAUGAGGAGGGUUUGGCCACUGUUCGAUCUAAGCCAAAGUAUUCUCACAAACCAAGAAACUCUGCUGGUUCUGCUCCUCAGUUGCAAUGUCGAGUUGCCAAGGUUGUGAGAGAUUUACAAAGCGGAGCAAUGUUUGACACUUCUUUUGAACAUGUUGCAAGGGCAAUACCACAAAGCAAAAUCCAAUGCAGUCAUGCCGGUCUUCACCACAGAUGGAACAUGGCCAGCGCUUUGCCUCCUCCUCCUCCUCCUCUUUCUCACAAACGAGAUUCUGAAAAAAUUGUGCACAGAACAGUUGUUGGAUAUUUGGGCACUAUUGAUAUUCCUAAUCAGUUGCAUCCGUCUACUAUGAUACAGGUGUUGAGAAAGUGCAUCAAGAGACUGAAAGCAGAAAAGCGUAAUCCCACAACGGUGUUAUUGACUAUUCACGUUGCUAACAUAAAAUUAACAAAUUCAGAGAAUCGUGUAAUAGCCGAGUAUCCGUCGUACAGAAUAAUAUUCUGUAAUUCAUUCUCCGACCAGGAUAAGCAGUAUUUCGGUAUCCUGACUAAAUCAGUAAAGGAUAACGAUGAUAUUGUAUCAAAUUCGUGCCACGUAUUCACCAUAUAUUACAAACUCAUCGACCAUGCAGUGCACGCUAGUACCUGUAACAUUUUUGGAUUCACCUGCACAAAAACUUCAGAGUUGAACGUUUGUCAAGAAUUUCCGGACAGUUGUAACAGUCUUAUCGGUGCCAUACAAACCCUUUAUAUCACGGAUUCAGUCGACAAUGAUGCCAAUCCUUAUAACGAGGCUCACAGGCAUCAGGAAACUGCAUCUCCGCAACCCAGUAAUAUCAGCACGUCUACUGCACAUUCGAGCAACAGUGAUUCUGGUAUCGGCUUCAAAGACGAUUACGUCAGUCACUCAGAACGCAAAAUUCUGCCUGAUUUUCCGCAACGUCGACAAUGCCCAUCGAAUUUAUUGUCCAGAAAUCCUCGGAUGCCAGUUUGUCGAGGGAACGCUUGUUCGGCGUCAGGUUCGAAACUGACGGUUCGCGCGCUCUCUGACUCACGCUGGAGCGAGGCUCCGCUCUCGAGGUCAUCGAAGGAUCCUGAAUACUCAAAUUUACGGGCAACGAUGGAGAGUGCGAGGGAAAAUGGAACGAAGAGUUGGAGCAACGAGGAUGUGGCUUGCGCAGGGGUUGGACCAUUCAAUAACGUAACUCGGCGUUCUCUGAGGGGACAAAGUUCGGUACGAGGUAGUAGCGACGGUGGUGGGGAUAUCAUCACCUGUCCCGGACCAUCUGCUCGUUCAGUUGGUGAGCAAACGGCUACUUCGUCAGUCGACGAGUUCGCCUCUGUAUGCCCGAGCGUUGAAACAUUUCGCACCGAAACGUCGAUCGUCGAAUCGCGGGACAAUUAUUCUGAAAAUUCUCAUCACCGUAUUGCCAUGGAGGACUCUGAACAUGGACGGGAAACGUCAGCUUCCAGUGACAACAAACUGAGCCCCAAAGUUUAUAAUCACUUCUCCAAAUCUCUGGUCCACAGUAUGGAAGAUUUGAAACCCACAAAAGCCGAAUUUUCUUCAUCAUUUGGUAAUUCUUACACGAACAAGAAUGAGCCCAGACCUUGGGGAAGCCUUCAAGAAAUGAGAAACGUCGGUGGCUGCGAUUCUGAUAGCUGUUUGCAUGGGAGUUCCGAAUCAUUCGACAAAACGAGCAAUGGGAAUGGAGUUCACACAUGGGCGUCCGGAUUUGAGAAACUUUUGGAGGAUCCUAAAGGAUUACAAACCUUUGCAGAAUUCUUGAAAAAAGAAUUCAGUCACGAGAACAUUUACUUCUGGGCAGCUUGUGAAAGAUACAAAGACACUGCUGACGUAAACAUACGCCGAAGAUUGGCGUGUCAAAUUUAUCAGCGUCACUUGUCGACGACAGCUGCUGAACCUGUGAAUGUGGACAGUCAUGCUUCCGGUCAGAUAACUCAAGAGUUACUCAAUCAAGCGCCGGCCGAUCUUUUUUUACAGGCUCAGAAACAAGUGUUCAAUCUGAUGAAAUUCGACAGCUAUCCAAGAUUCCUGAGAUCGGAUCUUUACAGGCACUGUUUAGAGACUGGCAGCGGUGUAGUGAGCACAGAAGACUGUGAUUUGACACUGACGAGUUCACCGAGUAUUAAACUGAAAAAGAGUCAUUCCGAUGCGGAAGAUCGUUGCAGAAAAUCAAUUCUUCCUUGGCAUAGAAAGAAUCGAUCGAAAUCGAAGGAUCGUGGCGAGUCGGAGUACAACAAAACGCCGAGUCGCGGUGAGACAAUAUACAAGAGUUUUACGACAAUGAAGAGAGAGGCAGAGGGCAAUAACAACGAAGAUAGUAUAUCAAUAUCGAGUAGCAGAUCGUCGUUGGCAUCGUGGGAUUUAGCAUUGAGGCAGUCUUUCAACAAACACUCAGUGUCGUCUUACGAUGGACAAACGAAUGAAAAGAAAGAAGUACAUGCCAAGUGUACCGGUUUGUGUCGAGUUAUAUUGCCGGACGGUUCAACUACGGUCGUCCCGACUAGCCAAACGGAGAGCAUUAAAGACGUCGUUACGCGGCUUCUCGAUAAACGAGCACUGCGUUACUCUAACUAUGACGUUCUAGUACUAGCCACGGACGAGCUGGUUAAUCUUAAAUAUCCAUCGGCAGUAUUGGCUGGGCAAGAAGUCGAGGUUGUACCUACGAAAGUGUUGAAGGUAGAUUUACCUUCGCGACGUGUUAUAACUGUGAUAGGACACAAAGGUCGGACGUUGAGAGAGGUGCUGAGACCUCGUUUGAACAAAUACGGUUUCAAGCUCGAUUUGAUCACCAUAUGGGGUGAAGGACAUCCGGUUUCGCUCGAUAUCCCAGCGACAAAUGCCCCAGCCCGUCUUGUGCUUACAUCAAAUAGCGAAGAUUUCCAUCGAGAUGGUCUCAAGUAUCCUGAAGAAAUACCCCAAGGUCAACCUACUCUCGACGAAAUAACUAACAAAGUAUUUGAAGAGCUAUUGGUUGGCAAGAGUACAAACAAAUAUCAUUACAGCGAGGGAUCGUGCAAGUCCGACGAUCAACGCUCCGAAGGAUCCUCAAUUCUUCCUAGUAAAUUUUUCCUUCGUGACUCGACGAUUCACGGAAAGAAAAAGAGCAAAUCGAAAUGCAGCAACGCAAGUGAAAAGAGUAAUUCGACUGAUUGUACCGGUGAAGAAAGUUCGCGACCUCAUCCACCGCUUAUCGCAAAAUGGCGGAAUGGAGUAAAGCUCCAAUUACCUGGUCGUUUCGAAGGAGAUGAAUUGUACGAGGGUAUAAAGAGAGCGCAAAGAUCAAGACUCGAAGACCAAAGGGGAACAGAAAUAAAUUUCGAGCUUCCAGAUUUUUUAAAGAAUAAAGAAAAUGGGAAGCAUCCGGAAGGUAAAAAAAUGCGACGUGGACGUUUGGCAGCGCCUUGCAACGAAGGUUCCUCGAAGUUUUACGACACCACGGCCGAGAAGUCGCACCCGAUGGUGACGCCGCCACGCUUGUCAAACGGAUUUGUGCAAUGUGAGAAUGAGGUGAAUUAUGGAAGUAGUGAUCCACCGAACAAAGUUUUCGAUACAUCGUUGAAUUUGGAUGGUACACUCAUCGAUGGUGAUCAAACGAUUAUCGAAAAUUGUUCACGAAGUCAGAACAAAUUGACGGAAUCGCAGUCACCGGAAUCGCAAUACGUAACGAUAACACCGACGAAAUUGUCGAAGCCUCCGCCACUGCCACCCAAACCGAAAAGCCUUAUGACCAGUGCUGCGAAAGCAAAUCACAUAUUAUCCGCGAAAUCGUAUCCACGAAUUGUUCAAAAUAGCGCGUCCCCUCCCACGGAAUCACGUGACAACAAGCAUAUUUUUUAAAAUCAUUUUCAACAAGGAACAACGCGAAUCAAUGAACCAACGCACGGAAUAAUUGAAAAAUGUGUAUUUUUCAAUUAAACUGUUUUUGUAAAUAAAUUAUUACGAGGCUUUAGAGUCGCUUCACAUUCAGUAUUAAUGAAAGGCAAAUGAAAAUGCGUCCGUUGAUUCAAAUUCAUAAGGGGGUGUUCGUUCAGCGGUGCUGUUUCCCUGCAAUAUCCACCGACUUUAUUCACGGAUUAAUUCCGUUCCGCUUUUCACGUAAAUUCAUCAAUUUUAUUUUCAAACUCGUUUUCAUUCGGGUAUCGUGAAAUUAUAAUUCAAACGAAUUUUUAGCCCGGAGUUGCAUUUUUAUACAUAGCCAUAACAAUCGUGAUGGUAACGCUACCAUCGAAAAAUUGUGUAAUCGACUGCUCUUUAACUAUUUGAACAAAGCCAUAAUUUUCCGCAAUCAUUGAAUUUUUUAACUGACAACUCUAGAGAUCCAGUUUUCAUAGUUUCCUGCGCUAUUCGCGAAGCUUACAAAGAAUGUAAUUAACGUAGAUUUUUUUAGUCGUACCCUCGUUGUCCUGUACUUUUGGUAUUCCUGAACGUCGAGUGAUGAAUUUGACGUGAGAUCGUUUCCCCAGUAGUGCCAGUUUUCUUUUUUUUUUUUUCAUUUUCAUUACUAAUCUUAGAACAUGACAGAAUACUUUCCAUUUGAUAAUAUCAAUGAUAAUAUUUAUCGUAAAUCGUGUCCAUGUGUAAAAGCGUUUUUCCAACUGUGUAUGAACAAAACUCUGCAGUAUUGGUUAGAAACAAAAAUUCGAAGAGAAGAAUGAGUUUUUCAAUCAUUUUAUUAAACGAUGCAACUCGAAUUUGUUCUCAAAAUCCGCAUAAGAUAUUCUAGGGUAAUUAAAAUUUUCUAACGUAAUUCAAAAUUUGUUCAAUCACGUUCUGAUAAUGGAAAUUCGCAGCAGCUUUAUACUUUCGGUUUAGUACCGCCGGACCGAGAAUGCCUUCCAAAAUCCUAGAGUCAAGACUAAUAAAGUUAUAGAAAAAAGAGUAAUAGAAAAAAGUAACUCUGAGGAAGAAUUAACAGAAAGUAAAACGAUUCAACCCAUCGUUUUAUUUUAAGUAUACAUAUAUUUUUAAUAUUCUGUUACUCCUGGUUAUACAGGAUCGUGUAAGGAAUAUUUUAUUAUAUUUAUAAAUUGUUCGUCAUCUGUCAGUGCCUUGAUGUUUGCGAAUAACGACAAUUUUUCCCCAUUAAAUAUUAUAUCUAUAUUUCCCCACGAGGUAAUAAAUUAUAUAGAAAUUUGGCUCCUAAA